AUGAACCAACCAGACCAAUGAUCAACAGAGCAUGUCCAUGACCUAUGGCUUAGCUAGGUCACUAUAUUGAGAGAAUUUUGUGUUGUUGCAUUAGUACUGCGGAAAUUGCAUCAGGAAUUCGGGUGAAUAUAAGAAAAAGAAAUGGCUGAAGCAGGUUUUGAAGAAGUAACUUAUUUAAGGAAGAAAACUCCAAGAGCAUCAGAAUCAAAGUCAACCAAGGCUGUGAAUGCUGCUUUCAGAAGUGGACAUCAUGUGGAGACAAAUAAAAAAUUCACUGCCGCAUCAAAUAAGCAGCAUGUUAUCACCAAAAAUGUUGCUAAACUAGACAGAGAAAGUGAGGAAUUGCAUCAUGAACGUGUGCCUCUUGAGGUUGGAAAAUUAAUCAGUCAAGGGAGAGCAGAGAAGAAACUAACUCAGAAAGAGCUAGCAACUAAAAUUAAUGAAAAGCCGCAGGUCAUCAAUGACUACGAAGCAGGCCGAGCAAUUCCAAACAACCAAGUCCUCGGGAAAAUAGAGCGGGCAUUGG